AUGGUUUUGUUCGCACUUCGAGUGUGGGAAGGUGGGCGUGGGAUGCAGCAGCUCCUGCUGCUGCUCCUCGUGGCGGCCUCGACGCGAGCCGGAGCCGCGGAGUUCUUGGAGCAGCGGGCACGCCCGGACGCGCUGCGCGCCCGGGGCUCGCGCGCCGACAACCCGAACAUCAUCACUUCCCAGGAGAAGGCUGAGGAAGUCCUCAAGCGGUACGGCUACCUCCAAUGCGGUUCUCGGAGGCGGCGCAACCGUCACCGGGGCGGCGGCCGAGACCACGACGAGUCCUGGGCGGGCCCGCGGUCCUGCAGCGCCCACGAGCUGCGCAAGGCGGUCCGCCUGUACCAGCGCAACUACAGCAUGCCGGAGACCGGGCUGCUCGACCCGGCCACGCUACGGGUGAUGAGCGAGUCCCGCUGCGGGAACCCGGACAUCGAGGCCGGAGCGCUGCCCCAGCGCUCGGCUCGGCGGCGCAAGCACGAACGGCGAAAAGCGCGUGGCCGCGGCAAGCGUCAAGCAAAGCCUCGGAGGGUCAACCCUCCGAGUGCGGGAAGCCCCCGUUCUGAGCCCACGGAUCUGCCGGCGGGCAGAGGAGCUACGACUGCCGUGGCUCGCUCGUCGCACGCCACGCAGACGCGACGCCGCCGCUGGUUGCGGGACUACGUCCACAGGAUCGAAACUGGCCAGGCGGACAGGAGGGCUUGUCUGGUGCACAGUCUCGUGCAGUCCCGGAGACGGAACAAGCGGUCCGUCGCACCAGGCUUCCGAAUCCACAUAUUCGCAAAGGAAGUGGUAACGUGGAGGCUAAUUGGCUCGGCGUUCAGCAAUCAACUGACGGCGGCAACGCAGCGCGCCGCCAUUGCCCUCGCCUUCCGUAUGUGGGGAGAGGUGAUCCCCGUCAUGUUCGAGGAAGAUCUGCGCUCAGCCGUCGACGACGUGGACAUUCUCGUCGCCUUUGGUCGAGGUUGGUGCAGUCUGGCGGAUAUCUGCGUGACAGACGCGUUCUCAGCUGUCUGCCGUGCGGCAGACGGUUGA